AUGACGUGGGAGGUGGUGCGGCAGGCUGGCGCGGUGGUUGAUGGCGAACGCUUCAUCCUCCAGCACACGGCACGCAGGAAGGGCCAAGAGCAAAGCGUUGGCGUGGUGGUGAGCGAUCAGGCGCUCUACGAGGUGGCCGACGAUUCAGCUGAGGUGCGACGAUGGGACUUCAGGGAGAUCCAUUCCGUCCACAAGCUGGAGAAGAACCUCGUCCGCGUCUUCCUGAUCAGCGUGUCCGCCCACGGCAAAGUCUCCAAAGAAAAGGUGUCAGUGAAGGGCUGGGGCGCGGGCGAGACGGCGUCGAACUUCCUGAUCCCGAGGGACUUCAUCUGCGCCACCACCGACGAGAAGGACGAACUCUUCUCCGUGAUGCGCACCAAUCUCGUCGACACAUGGCAAGCCCACCUCGAAUGCGAGAUCGAGAGCAUCCCGCCGACCGAGUACUACCAGAACCACCUGUUCCUGACCAAGCGCAACCGAAAGGGCAAGCUCCAGAUCCGCUUCGUCGUGCUGACCGACAAGAAGAUGUACAACUUCGAGGCACGCAUGGUUGGCCGAAGAAUCGAACCCCAGAAGUGCAAGCGGGUGACCACCUACGCGGACGACCCGCAGGCCUUCUCCAUCACCGUCGACACCAAGUCCGCCGAGCGCAAGCAGGUCAAGAGCUCCGUCACCUACCUGGUCGACAACAAGCACGAGCGGACCCUCUUCAUCCGCGAGGUGAAGCGGCUGUACUUCCAGGCGGAGGGAACGGAGCUCGAGCAGGAGGAGACCACCAGCAAACCGCCCAAAAAGCACGUCUGCUACCCCCGAAUGAAUUGCUUGAUUGGAUCUCGUACUCAACACAGGGACAGGAAGUAG